AUGUAAAAAAAUAAUAUAGAAAUUAAUUUAAAUAGAUAAAAAAAAAAGAUAAAACAAAUUGCUUAAUGUUUAAAAUAUUUAUUAAAUUUAAAAUAAAUAAAUAUUACGUUAAAACAUAAUAAAGAAGAACUUUAUUUUUUAAAAAAUAUAAAAUAAUUAGAAAUUAUAAAUAACAGAUGUAUAAUAAAAAUAAUAAUAAUUUUUUUGUAAAUUUAAAAGAUUUUGAAUUUUUAAAAUAAUAAGAAAUAGAUAAUGCGAUCGUAAUAUAUUAAUUUUAAUAAUAAAAUAUCUAAAAUUAAUAAAAAGAUAAUAUUUGAUGAUAUUAGAUAAAUGUAUUAAAAUAAUUAAUUUGAAAAUAAUCAAGAAUUAAUGUAAUAAUUUUAAAAUUAAGUUCAUUUAAUUUUAAAUUGCUUAUAAUAAAAAAAUGGAUUAGAAGAAAAUAUUUUUAAAUAAUAUAUGUUAUAAAUAAAAUCUAAAUAUACAAUAUACGAACUAUGUUUUUCUAAAAUUAUUGAUUUUGCAGAAAGUAUAGAUAGUUUAUUUUAUAAUUCUUUAGUAUCAAUACACGAUUCUCAUGCAUUAAUAUUUAAAUAGAUGUCAAAUCAAAAUUAUAAAAUUUAGUUUCUUUAAAACAAUUAUAAUUAAUAUUAAUAAAAUACUGAUAAUAAAAAUAUAGUAUGUUUUUAAAAAAUAUAUAAAUAAUUAAUAAAAAUAAAGUACUAAAAUUAAUUAAAUGAAUUAAAUGAGCAAAUAUAAUAACUAAAAGAAGAAAAUAAGCAAUAUUUAGAUAAAAUAAUUCGUUUAUCAAAAUUAUAAGAUAAUUCAUAUAUAAAAGAAUAUACUAAGGAAAAUUUUUAAUAAUAGGAAAGUAACAAAAGAACUUUUAGAGAUCACAAUUGUUCGCAAAUUCAAUCAUUUAAAUAUUUACAUAUAAAAUAAUUAAAAGAAAUAAUAAAUGAAAUUUAUACUUCUAAAGAAUGGUUUGAUAAUAAAUAAAUAAAGUAAAAUUUACCUUCAUAAACAUUAGAAUAACAUAUGUAUGAAUAUUUAUCUUAAAAAUAUGGUUUAAAAAAUAUGGUUAUAGAAUAAGCAAAUGUAAUUAUUAAUAAUUUAAAAAAAUAUAGUUAAGAAGAUAAUGAUGUUUAAGUUUUUACAAAAAUUUUGAAAAAUGAAUGUGAUGAAAACUUCAGAUAUGUAUAAGGAUAAUUAAAAAAAACAAUAUAAGAAUUAUUAUUCAUGCAUUUAAAAGGUAAAAAUCCUCUAAAAACUAACGAAACUUAAAACAAAUGGCAGAUAAAAGAAUUAAAGGAUAUAUAAAAUUUAAGAAACUUUUGA